CCUGGGAGCCUCUCUUUGUCGAUCAAAUAGGCACCUGUCACAGUCUGUCACCGUAAUUUUUUCCUCUAAGAAAAUGUGUGGGGUUCUUCGUUAUCACGUUUAGUGACCCUUUUGGCCCGUUUUCGUUUGGUGUCACAUGUGCAUUUCUCGAGUGUGAUAAGCGCAAGGCCCAAAAUCCACUGGUUUUUAGGAAAUUUAUGUUAGAAAAGAAUGGGUAACGUGCACGCUUAUUCGGCACCAGCGCCUCCGCCGCCGCCUCCAUCGGCCGCCCCGUACACCAAACCGGAGACACCCACCUCGGGCCCCCCCCAGGAGGUCGAAAACCCCGGGCCGCUCGAGGAAAUCCACACAAAAUGCAAAAACAUUUUCCCGACGAACUUCGAGGGCGCGAGAGUGAUGCUCACGAGGGGGCUUAGCAACCAUUUUCAAAUUUCCCACACGAUUAAUAUGAGUUCCAUCACGCCCAGUGGGUACAGGUUCGGGGCGACUUAUGUAGGAACUAAACAAAUUUCACCCAGCGAGGCCUAUCCUAUCCUCCUGGGCGACAUCGACCCGUCAGGGAACCUCAACGCGACGAUUAUCCACCAGUUAUGUUCCAAAGUCCAGGCGAAGUUUGGGGCCCAAGUCCAGAACUCGAAAUUCACCGUUGGGCAAUUGACCAUGAACUACAAGGGAUCUGACUAUACUGCCAGUGUUACGGUGGCGAACCCAGACAUCAUUUCGGGCUCUGGGGUCAUGGUCCUCCACUACCUGCAAGCCGUGACGCCCAGACUGGCCCUGGGGUCGGAGCUCGCCUACCAGAAGGGGCCCGCCAUACCCGGGGGCGAAAUCGCUCUCUUAAGCGCUGCGGCCAAAUAUACCACGGAAAAUACGCAAAUUUCUGGCACGCUGGGCGUGUCGGGGGUGCACUUGUGCUACUACCAGAAGGCCAGCAGCCAGCUGCAGAUCGGCGUGGAGCUGGAGGCGAACCCGCGCAUGCAGGAGUCGGUGGCGUCCAUAGGGUACCAAGUUGACUUGCCAAAGAGUGAAGUGGUAUUUAAGGGGCACGUGGAUUCAAACUGGUCCGUGGGGGCCGUGUUAGAGAAAAAACUAAGUCCGUUGCCUUUCACGCUGGCCCUGAGCGGGCUCUUGAACCACAACAAAAAUCAGUUCAGACUCGGUGUUGGAAUCCUGAUUGGAUAACUUCGGAACGAAGUGAAUAUUUCAAAUUAAUUAUCGUUGAACUUGUCACUAGGAAAGCGGAUUUUAGUAAUUUUUUUAAUUUGUACCGUUUAUUAAUAAAAUGGAGUCAGUUUUGUAUAUACUAUACAUAAUUGUUUUUUAUAUUUCCAGAAAUUGAAGUUGUUCCAAGACUUGAUUGUGUGUAGGCUUAGACAACAACUUAAAUUGUUAAUGCAUUUGACCCUUAAUUUCAUAACAGGUUGUGCAUAAACACGACGUGAUUUUAUUUGGGUGGAUAUGCAUACGUCAAACAUGUUGUUUCUGAUUGUGUUUGAGGACCUGUUAUCAAAAUAAGUUUUGUUAUUUUUUUUACAUUCUAAAAAUUAGGCCAUGUAAUAUAGAUAAUAAAUUAAACACUUUGUUGAAA